AUGUCUACUGCUCAGAGCCCCCUGGUCGUCGUUUGUGGAGCUACUGGUUCACAGGGCUCGAGUGUCGCUCAGUACCUUCUGAGGGAUGGCGGAUAUAGAGUACGCGCACUCACCCGAAAUCCUGCUAGCGACAAGGUCCAAUCUUUGAAAAAGCAAGGGGCAGAAAUCUUCGGCUGCGACCUGGUCGAUAAGGAACAGGUUAAGGCUGCACUCAAUGGUGCUUAUGCUGUCUUUGGAGUUACCAACUUUUGGGAACAUGGCGAAGACUCGGAGAUUAGACAGGGAAUAAACUUGGCCGAUGCGGCUAUAGCGAAUAGAUUGGAGCAUUUCGUCUGGUCAUCAUGCCCGCACAUCCAGGGCGAAGCCCCUCGUCACUGGGAGUCCAAAGUUCAAGUUAACAGGUACCUCCGUGAACAUGGAGUGCCUACCACUACUGUAUUUUCCUCGUUCUACUACCAGAAUCUUUGGAUGUUUUUCCCUCCCAAGCGACUACCCGACGGGUCUCUCAUUCUCGAUUGGAUUUUCCCGAGCGAGGUCCGUAUACCCUCGUUCUCGGUCGAAGAUUUGGGUGCUUGGGUCCUCGCUGCACUGAAGAGUCCCAGCACUUGGAUUGGAAGAGAAAUGAAGCUCUGCUCUGAGGUGCUUACGCCUCGAGAUUAUGCGGCAAAAUUGAGCAUUGGCUUGGACACCAAGGUUCUGUUGAAAGAUGUGACUAUAGUGGAGUUUGAGGCUAUCAGGUCUCAUGUUCCGCCUGACGUCUGGCUAAAGUAA